AUGAGUAAGUCACAAGGAUCUAUUUCCUCUCCAAAAACUGCGUUUAACUCACAAAAAUCUUUUGGGGAGAUGCGAAGGUUAACAGACAAAGAACUCCAGGAGAAAAGAGCAAAGGGUCUGUGCUUUAAAUGCGACGAGAAGUGGGGGCCUGGACACCGGUGCCGGAAAAAGGAACUUAGUGUUCUUCUGAUGGAGGAUAUUGAUGGCGACGAGGUUGACGGGGAUUAUGGCGGCAGUGAAUCACCCUCUUUGCCGGUCACUGAAAUAGAACCUGAGGUAUCUUUAAAUUCUGUAAUUGGAUUGACUAACCCAAAAACUAUGAAAUUGCUGGGAAAAAUUGCUGGAUGUGAAGUUGUGGUGAUGAUUGACCCUGGGGCAACCCAUAAUUUUUUAUCACUAGCUACUGUUGAGAAAUUAGCUAUUCCUGUGUCGGAAUCGGAAGGAUUUGGGGUUUCUCUAGGGGAUGGACAGGCGGUGAGGGGUAGUGGAAUUUGUAGAGGGGUGUUAUUGAGUUUAAAUGGUGGAGUUGAAGUGGAAACAGAUUUUCUGCCUCUGGGUCUUGGUAAUUCGGACGUGAUUUUGGGUGUACAGUGGCUGGAGACGUUGGGGACAGUGGAGAGCAAUUGGAAAACACAAACAAUGGGGUUUGAAAUCGAGGGUGUCAAGUUCACUUUGAAGGGUGACCCAUCACUGGCGAGGUCUCGAAUCUCACUCAAAGCCAUGAUACGUACCUUAUGUAAAGAGGGUGGAGGUUUGUGGCUUGAGUUGAACCAGAUUGAGCAUUAUCAGGAGAAAACACCGCAUUCAUCAGCCUUACCUGAAAUUCCAGUUUUCUUACAGAGAGUCCUUACCCAAUUUCAGUCUGUGUUUGCUACACCAGAAGGCUUACCACCGAUAAGAGAACAUGAACAUGCAAUAGUUCUUAGAGAAGGGUGUAAUCCGGUAGGGGUAAUACCGUACCGUUAUCCACAGUUCCAAAAAGAUGAGAUAGAGCGCCUCAUCAAAGAAAUGUUGGCUUCCGGAAUCAUCAAGCCUUCCACGAGCCCUUUCUCGAGCCCGGUGAUAUUAGUGAUGAAGAAAGAUGGGUCGUGGCGGUUUUGUGUAGACUAUCGGGCCCUCAAUAAAGAAACGGUCCCCGAUAAGUAUCCCAUUCCCGUGAUUGAUGAAUUGUUGGAUGAGCUUCAUGGGGCAACACUUUUUUCAAAACUCGACUUAAGGGCCGGGUAUCACCAGAUCCGGGUUAAGGCCGAAGACACUCACAAAACAGCUUUUCGCACUCAUGAGGGGCAUUACGAGUUUUUAGUAAUGCCAUUUGGGUUGACAAACGCGCCGGCAACGUUUCAAUCCCUUAUGAACGAGGUCUUCAAACCAUUCUUGCGCAAGUUUGUCUUGGUAUUUUUCGACGAUAUAUUGGUCUACAGUAGUUCUGCCAGGAACAUGAGGAGCAUUUGA